CGGUGGCACUAUCAGACAGAGCUGUGACACUGCCCCCUCACGGCUAACGUUCCUGCCCAUCAUGGCGAGCCCCACGCUGAGCCCCGACUCCUCAUCCCAUGAGGCCCUAUCGGCCCCCACGUGCUCCCCCACCUCCGACUCUGAGAACCUCAGCCCCGAUGAGCUGGAGCUGCUGGCCAAACUCGAAGAGCAGAACCGGCUCCUGGAGGCCGACUCCAAGUCCAUGCGCUCCAUGAGCGGCUCCCGGCGCAACAGCGGCUCCUCGUUGGUGUCCAGCUCCUCCGCCUCCUCCAACCUGAGCCACCUGGAGGAGGACACGUGGAUCCUGUGGGGCCGCAUCGCCAACGAGUGGGAGGAGUGGCGGCGCCGUAAGGAGAAGCUGCUCAAGGAACUGAUCCGCAAGGGCAUCCCACACCACUUCCGGGCCAUCGUGUGGCAGCUGCUGUGUAGCGCUACCGACAUGCCAGUCAAGCACCAGUACUCAGAGCUGCUGAAGAUGUCAUCGCCCUGCGAGAAGCUGAUCCGCAGGGACAUUGCACGCACCUACCCGGAACACGAGUUCUUCAAGGGCCAGGACAGCCUGGGCCAGGAGGUCCUCUUCAACGUCAUGAAGGCAUACUCCCUGGUGGACCGCGAGGUGGGCUACUGCCAGGGCAGCGCUUUCAUCGUGGGCCUCCUCCUCAUGCAGAUGCCAGAGGAGGAGGCCUUCUGCGUGUUCGUUCGGCUCAUGCAGGAGUACCGGCUGCGAGAGCUCUUCAAACCCAGCAUGGCCGAGCUGGGGCUCUGCAUCUACCAGUUCGAGUACAUGCUGCAGGAGCAGCUCCCCGACCUGAACACCCACUUCCGCUCCCAGAGCUUCCACACGUCCAUGUACGCCUCGUCCUGGUUCCUCACACUUUUCCUGACCACUUUCCCACUGCCCGUGGCCACCCGGGUCUUUGAUAUCUUCAUGUACGAGGGGCUGGAGGUCGUGUUCCGGGUGGGCCUGGCCCUGCUGCAGGUGAACCAGAUGGAGCUGAUGCAGCUAGACAUGGAAGGGAUGUCCCAGUACUUCCAGAGGGUGAUCCCCCACCAGUUUGACAGCUGCCCCGACAAGCUGAUCCUCAAGGCCUAUCAGGUCAAGUACAACCCCAAGAAGAUGAAAAGGCUGGAGAAGGAGUAUGCCGCCAUGAAGAGCAAGGAGAUGGAAGAGCAGAUUGAGAUCAAAAGGCUUCGGACGGAGAACCGGCUCCUGAAACAGCGGAUCGAGACCCUGGAGAAGGAGAGCGCCGCUCUGGCUGAUAGGUUAAUCCAGGGACAGGUGACACGGGCGCAGGAGGCUGAGGAGAACUAUGUCAUCAAGCGGGAGCUGGCAGUGGUGCGGCAGCAGUGCAGCUCGGCCACCGAGGACCUGCAGAAGGCGCAGAGCACCAUCCGGCAGCUGCAGGAGCAGCAGGAGAACCCGCGCCUCACCGAGGACUUCGUGACGCACCUGGAGACAGAGCUGGAACAGUCGCGGCUGCGGGAGACGGAAACGCUGGGGGCGCUGCGGGAGAUGCAGGACAAGGUUCUGGACAUGGAGAAGAGGAACAGCUCGCUGCCGGACGAGAACAACGUGGCGCGGCUGCAGGAGGAGCUGAAGGCGCUCAAGGUGCGCGAGGGCGAGGCGGUGGCAGCUGCGCGGGAGCUGAAGCUGCAGUUGCAGGAGCUGUCUGACACCUGGCAGGCCCACCUGUCCCGGGGCGGCCGCUGGAAGGAGUCCCCGCGGAAGCUGGUCCUGGGCGAGCUGCAGGACGAGCUGAUGAGCGUGCGUCUGCGCGAGGCUCAGGCUCUGGCCGACGGCCGCGAGCUGCGGCAGCGCGUGGUGGAGCUGGAGACACAGGACCACAUCCACCGUAACCUGCUGAACCGCAUGGAGGUGGAGCGCACGGGGCUGCAGGAAAAACUGCAGUACUUGGGGGCGCAGAACAAGGGGCUUCAGACCCAGCUCAGCGAAAGCCGCCGCAAGCAGGCCGAGGCCGAGUGCAAGAGCAAGGAGGAGGUGAUGGCCGUGCGCCUGCGGGAGGCAGACAGCAUGGCGGCAGUAGCGGAAAUGAGGCAACGCAUCGCCGAGCUAGAGAUCCAGAGGGAAGAGGGCCGCAUCCAGGGCCAGCUGAACCACUCCGACUCGUCGCAGUACAUCCGUGAGCUCAAGGACCAGAUCGAGGAGCUGAAGACGGAGGUGCGGCUGCUGAAGGGCCCGCCGCCCUUCGAGGACCCACUGGCCUUCGACGGGCUGAGCCUGGCGCGGCACCUGGACGAGGACUCGCUGCCCUCGUCGGAUGAGGAGCUGCUGGGCGUGGGCGUGGGCGCGGCGCUGCAGGACGCGCUCUACCCGCUGUCCCCGCGCGACGCACGCUUCUUCCGCCGUCUGGAGCGGCCUGCCAAGGACAGCGAGGGCAGCUCGGAUAGCGACGCUGACGAGCUGGCCCAGCCCUACAACCAGGGCCUGGAGAACUGAGGCUGGGAGCCAGGGGGUUUCCCCCACGGCCGCCUCCCAGGGCCACGCCCACCCCGGAGGCCAGGCGGGUGGGCUGAGCCCAGUGGGGUCCUCAGGAUCCCUUGGCUGGUCUCCCUCGCAGCAGUGUUUACCCAUCUGGGUCCGCACCCUCGGGGCCAGCCACCAGCGACAGCAGAGGGGCGACCCAGAGGCCCUGUCUGGCGGGACAGAAGCUUACUCCCAGGAUAAAGGAGGCCCUGCCGGGAAGGGCCCAAGAACCCUAGACAGGAGGGGCGCCUCUGGGCUUGAAGUUGCUCCCAACCACCAAUGCCCCUCAGGACACGGGGACCCUUGACCAGCCCCUGGCACCUGGGGACAGAUGGCUGGUUGGGCUUCCUUGCCUAGGGCAGGCUUCAUGGCCCCUGCAGCAGAAACCAAAGCCCCUCUUACUGUGUUAGGGCCCCCUGGACAUGAGCGGGCUAGGAAAGCCUGGGCAGGACCUCUGCCGGCUUGAGGGGGCGGGGCCAGAGCAGCUGCCCAGAGGGAAGAAGCCCCACCCCUCACCCCACCCCUGCCUCCAAGACACUCCCAUCAUCUCCCCGCCCCUUUUCUGCCAGUGAGGGAGGCAGCCCUGCCAGCACCAGGCUCUCCAGGGCAUCCUUCCCAUUGCCCCUCCCCCUAUCCCACCACCAAUCCAGUGAGGCUGCUGAGUAGAGCCACGUCAUGCACCGCCUACUGCCUCGCGGUGGACCGGAGGUCUCUGCCUAGUCAGAGCUGAGAACGGUGCCAAAGUCCAGCGACGCCCUUAGCCCCACCCCACCCUCCGCCCCCUCCCCACCAAUCUCCUCUCCCCCGGGCCUCGUGACCCUCGGGACUGCCCCUCGGUGCUCCUGGAGCCUCGAGUCGCGUCACAAGCAAUCUCCCUGGCGCUCCCGGGGUGGGAUCCAUGCGUAGUCCCCUCCCUGGUCGCCAACUCCUCAGUGUUAACGCCUGGGGACACUGCCCACCACCAUUUUGCACACUGCCUGUUCACACGCCACAUGUCGCCCAGGCGGGAAAGAUGGAAAAUAAAGUAUUCACACAGUC